AUGCCGCUCCUGCUGAUGGUGACGAGGACGACGAAGAGAUCAUUUUUCUACCAGAGGAUCAUGAAGCUGCACAUUUGUCCGACGAACUCUAAUAAGUAAUAUAACAACUUAGGCAAAACAGCAAAAAACUUUCUCCGCCGAGUGGGAGCGAACCCGCGACCUGCUCAUUGGGAAGAGGCACCUUACACCAUUAGGCCAUUUGUACUCCUGCCGGUCUCCGACGGCUGGCGGGCC